GAAGAUACUCCCCGCUCUCUCAGUGCCUGCCUUCACGAGGCGUCCGUCCGUUUGUCCGUUUCCUUCCAUCCGCUGCUGGAGAGGGCUCAGCGCUGCCGGGGACAGAGCCGGGCACCGAGGAGCGACAGGACCCGGAGGAGGAGGGAGAGCAAAGGCAGCGAGGGAAGGAGGACCCCGGCAGGCGACAGCAUGAAAUUCAGCCCAGCGCACUACUUGCUGCCUCUCCUGCCAGCGCUGGUCCUCAGCACCAGGACUAUGAAGAUCUAGAAAAGCAGCUGAAAGAAGUCUUUAAGGAGCGAAGCAACAUCCUCCAUCAGCUGACAAAGACAUCAAGAGAACUUGAUGGAAUUAAAGUCAACCUUCAGUCUUUGAAAAACGAUGAGAAAACUUCCAAAACUGAUGUUCAGAAGCUUCUGGAAAUAGGUCAGAGACAAAGAGAACAAAUGAAGUCUCUCCAGGAGGUCCUGCAAAAUCAACUUAAAGAGACAUCUGAGAAAGCAGAAAAACAACAAGCUACUAUUAAUUUUUUAAAGACUGAAAUGGAAAGAAAGAGCAAAAUGAUCCGAGAUCUCCAGAAUGAGAAUAAAAGCUUGAAGAACAAACUCUUGUCAGGAAACAAGCUGUGUGGCAUCCAUGCAGAAGAGUCAAAAAAAAUCCAAGCCCAGCUGAAGGAGCUUCGUUAUGGGAAGAAGGAUUUAUUAUUUAAGGCCCAACAACUUACUGAUCUGGAACGAAAAUUAGCUGUGGCCAAAAUUGAGCUGGAGAAAGCAGCUCUUGACCGGGACUCACAGCUGAAAGCGAUGAAAGAGACCGUCCAUCUCUGCCUGUCAACUGUGUUCCGUAAUCAACCGCCUCCCCCUUUGAGUCUAGCCAGGACAAAUCCAACUCAGAUGUCAGUUCCCCCUGGGACAAUUGACAGUAUGAUUCCUGAUGCAAGGACAAAAAUCAAGCCUCAACAAACCUUUACUGGAAGCAAUGAGAGCUCUCAAAUUGGGACAACAAAGGAAGAAAAUCUGAACACUACUGAGUGCAAUCCUCUAAGUCUUUUACAAGAGGGCAGGACCUGUUCAAUGAAGCACAAAGACAAUCCCCCAACCAAUGCUACAGUAGAGCCAGUGACUACCCCACAGAAAUUGCAAAUCCUUCCUUGUACUGAAUGUGAGGUGAAGAAAAAUCCAGAAAAACAAUUGACCAACUUUGAAGGGAGGGCAACUAGAGAAGAAAAAAUACUGUAAAUAUCAAGAAACUGUGUUAAAAACAUCCAUUUACGAUUGUCUUCAUACUCUUUUUCAACCACAGGCUUGAUGGAAAUACUAAGUUUUUAAAGCAUGCAACUUUUUCACAAUUUUAUGUAACUUUAUAUAGUCUAAAAAUUUUCCAAAAGAUUCCAGGCCAAUGAUGAUCCUUGAGCAAUAACCUAAUUAAAAUGGAUAUCCACAGUCUUAAAUAGUCAUUGUCAUCAGUAAAUUGCCCAGUAUAGACUGCUCAGUUUUGAUCUCAAAUGCAGUAUGACAUUUAAUUCUUCUGGUUCAUUGGCUAUCUAGUAGUUUUAUCAUCUAGUUUUGAAAUUAAUUGGAGGAUGAUAAAAUGUUGUGGAUCCUUGGCAUUCUUAGAAUCCAAAUCGCAACCAUAUCAUAAAAACUUGCCCACAUUGGCCAAUGGGAGUCACUUUCUUUAAGGUUGGAAUCGGUGUCAACCUGAACCUAUUGUUUAUAUGAGGGUGUUAUUGCUAUACUUCUUGUUAUUUUGAACCAUGUCUAAAUAAUGUCAAGACAAUUCUUUCAGAUUUUUAGUCAGCUAAUAAAAUUUACAAAAUGUG